AUGUCUGUGUGUGUCCUUCUCCUGAUCACACUCGGCUCACACGGUCAGUCUACUAAGGGUCAAGCGAUAUACUGGACACAGCGUCAUAUCAACAAGGAAGCUGGGAACCUUCUCAGCAACAUGGGGGCAAUUCCGUACUGUGAUUGUGAAGAUGACUGGAGGAUUUUCCGUUUAUCAGAUUUUCUGAAGAAUAUGACAGAGGUUCCUGUUGGGCUUUUACAGAUCACUGUCCAUCAGUUCAGACUUAUCUUUACCGAUAACUUAGUUAACAGUGUAAAGGACAAGAAGGUCACCGAUGCGAUGUCCAAGAUGCAAAUGCUGCUGAACUGGGAUAUUAAAUCUAUGAACUUCUCGUCUCUUAAAGACCCUACGUUAAAAAACAAAAUCAAGAAAAUUAGGAGGUACUUCCGGAAGAUGUUGAAAUACUUAGAGAAAAAGGGGUACAGUUGCUGUGCGUGGGCGUCUGUGAGAGAUGAAAUGAAAAAAGUCUUGUUGAUUGUGUCCCGCCACACGGAUAUACUCCUGAAGGAACAAAUGCAGCAUGGGCAUGCCUGAGAUUUCUUAUAGGAAAGGAGAAACGUAUUCCCCACCAGAAGAAGGUGAUCUGGUUAUUACGAGCCUGAAGAUCAAAAUACUUGUGAGAUCAGCUCAAACCUACCCAGACUGUUACUCUUCCUGAUAAUGGAUUUAUAG